CAAAUCCGACGCGUGCGUUCGUAAACUCAGCCCCAGAGUUGAGACUUGAGACCAGCGACCUCUCUCUCUCUAAAAUCGGACUUCUCUCUAUCCCUUCUUUUGGCGGGAAAAAAUGUCGGGGAAGGGCGCGAAGGGUUUAAUCACCGGCAAGACCUCGGCCGCCACUGGCAACAAAGACAAGGACAAGAAGAAGCCCACUUCUCGCUCUUCUCGUGCCGGACUUCAGUUCCCAGUUGGCCGGAUCCAUCGGCUGUUGAAGUCGAGAACCACAGCACAUGGUAGAGUGGGAGCAACAGCUGCUGUCUACUCUGCCGCUAUUUUGGAAUAUCUAACCGCUGAAGUAUUGGAGCUGGCGGGGAAUGCCAGCAAGGAUCUGAAGGUUAAACGUAUCACUCCCAGGCAUUUACAGCUUGCGAUCCGUGGUGAUGAAGAACUCGAUACGCUGAUAAAAGGAACAAUUGCUGGGGGAGGUGUGAUUCCUCAUAUCCACAAAUCUCUGAUCAACAAAUCUUCCAAGGAGUAGGGUACUAAUAGAUAAGAGGUGCUGAAUUAAUGGAAAUUUCCCCCCUUCUCUAUUAGUUGUGACUUUGUUGUAUGUUACUGAAUCAGCAGAGCCAUGCCAUUUGUGUUCAGAUUCUGUCAUGGAUAAAAUUGACCUCAUGGCUCUCAACUUCCUACUUGACUGAACUAUGGUAGUUGUGGAUAAUGUUAAUUUUCCUAUGACAUAUUUACGAAUUUUCAACUGCAUGAAUGGCUUGAGUGAGAAGUUAGUCAUUA